CGUCACUUCCUGAGGAGAGCUCGACUCCUACUUUUUUGUUAGGACUGUGAGGAAAAUUAUCCUGUGGAGGGAGGACGGCGGUUUGAUAAAGAAAAAGCGGAGAAAUUGACAGAAUAAAGCUAAGUUACAGAGUAUGGGACUAUACAAACUUCCACUUUAGCGGAGUACAAUGCAAGCGGACGUGCUUUCCCCGUGAAUUCUUUACCAGGAGGCUUUUUUUGUGUGGUCCUGUUGUUCUGUUCCUCACCCAUCAUGCUGAGUUUCCUGCGCAGGACUUUAGGCCGGCGCUCCAUCCGCAAACACGCCGAGAAAACCCGUUUACGAGAAGCACAGCGGGCCACGACACACAUCCCUGCAGCCGGAGACGCAACGUCUAUCAUCACCUGCCGGGUUUCCUUACUGGAUGGGACGGAUGUCAGCGUUGACCUGCCGAAAAAAGCCAAAGGUGAAGAACUGUUUGAGCAGAUCAUGUACCAUUUGGACAUUGUAGAGAAAGACUACUUUGGACUGCGCUUCAUGGACUCUGCACAGGUUCCGCAUUGGCUCGACGUCACCAAAAGUAUCAAAAAGCAAGUAAAAAUUGGUCCACCAUACUGCCUUCACAUGAGAGUCAAAUUCUACUCUUCGGAACCGAACAACCUACAUGAAGAACUCACCAGAUACCUUUUUGUGUUACAAUUGAAGCAAGACCUCCUCAGUGGCAAGCUUGAAUGUCCAUUUGACACAGCGGUGGAGUUGGCUGCCUUCUCUUUACAGGCUGAAUUAGGUGACUGUGACCCACUGGAACAUAAUCUGGACUUGGUGUCAGAAUUUCGGUUCAUUCCAGAGCAGACGGAGGAUAUGGAGCUUGCUAUUUACAAUACAUGGAAGGAGUGCAGAGGUCAGACACCUGCACUGGCUGAAAUUAACUACCUAAAUAAAGCAAAGUGGUUGGAAAUGUACGGAGUGGACAUGCAUAUGGUCAAGGCAAGAGAUGGUAAUGAGUACAGCCUGGGUUUAACUCCUACUGGAGUUCUGGUGUUUGAAGGUCAAACUAAGAUCGGACUCUUCUUCUGGCCCAAGAUAACUCGUCUAGAUUUCAAGAAGAGCAAACUGACCCUGGUAGUGGUGGAGGACGAUGACCAGGUGAACCGAAACUAUCACCCAGAUGACAGAAAUGGUAAAGAGCAGGAGCACACCUUUGUCUUCAGGAUGGACCACCCCAAAGCCUGUAAGCAUCUGUGGAAGUGUGCAGUGGAGCACCAUGCGUUCUUCAGGCUCAGAGGACCGGUACAGAAAAACUCUGCGCGCUCUGGAUUCAUACGGAUGGGGUCCCGCUUCAGAUACAGUGGAAAGACAGAGUAUCAGACAACCAAGGCCAGUAAAACAAGGCGCUCAGCCUCGUUUGAGAGGAGACCCAGUCGGCGAUACUCCAGAAGAACCAUGCAAAACAGAGGAUAUUUCAACUCCCAGGAUGUUCUUUCUUCAGGUAAUGGUGUGAGCUCCAACAAGGACAAGGUUUCUCCAAGCAGAGGCACCUGGUCCGGCAUGCCUGUGGUGAGCCCGGUAGCAGCGUCAACCUGUGGGCCAAUGGAAAUCGAAGCUUUACCCAGAAGUCCCGGUGGAGAAAAACGAGGGUCUCCGUCUCCCUCCGUUCAUCCUCCCAUCCACACAUCCAUCCAUCCUUCCUGCCUCCGUCUCAUCAAAGCUCAACUGAGAAUCUUCUCACUUUGUGUUCUGAUGACUUUGUUACCUACUAAAUGAUGAGAGGCUCUGAACCAAAGUGACUCUCUUUUCAAAGUUGCUGGUGUUUAUGAAGGAACCUCCUGAGUGAGACUGUUUGUCAGACUAAUGGGGUAAAACACUGACUUUUUCCAGAGUCCAGCAUGAGGUGCUUUUUAUGUCCCGUUUCUCGCCACUUUUCUGUUUCCUAACGUGCUUCCUUGACCUUUCCUCCCCACCUAAUGAAGAAAUUAUCAUCAGGUAUCAGUGUGAGGUGCGGGAAUUUCAUUUCAGUCUCAGCUCUCGGAGGAAACGAGAAUCAGAUGGUCCCAACUGUUACAAACUCUCUCUGAGCUACAGUAGUUUGAUUUGCUUUUUAUUUUAGUCCUGUUUUUUUUUUUUGUCUCAAUUUUUAAAUUUUUAAUCUGUUCUAACAUUUCACACAUCUGUUUGUUGUAAAAGGGAGUCGGAUAAGAGGGCAUUAAAGCAUGAGCACACUGAAGCCACAGAACAGAACCACAUUCCCUCUGUCAGAGGUACAUUCCAAAAUGUCCCAAUCAGGUCCGUAUCCUCACUGACAGAAAAUGCAGGAUUUUUUUUUUUUUAUCUCCUGCUUGAAGCCGGCUUCUUGUCUCUGUCUCCAGUGUCGGAUCUCUUUUUUUUUUUUGUAGGUGUCGUCUCAUCCGACUUGUGCCACAAUUGAUUAAAUAUUUAUUAUGCUGAAUCAUAAGUAAAUCCUACAAUUAUGCUGUUUGUAAUAAUAUCAAUAGUACUUACACUGAAAGGUUUCAUGGAAGGAAUUCAAAUUUAUUGUAAUGCUUAGUAUGGUUAGUCUGGUAGACUGAUUAUGUGUUGCACAAAGCAAAUAAUGAAGGUGAUUUAACAAUAUUAGUCAUUAAGAACACAUUUACAUGACUGCAACCAAAUUAUGUAUCUGUCUAAAAUGCUUUGAAAUAAUUUCAAAGAAUAAACUAAUAUAUGGAAACA